UGAAAAUCGUUGCGCACGCAAUUAAAAAACCGCGUGGAAAUGCUAAUUGCUAACGGCUACCAUUCAUGCACGUGCACGUUGUGACUUGUUGAAUGUUAUAUAGGGCAAGAAGUUUGUAAUUAUACAGAAUUACAGACUGUGAAUAUUGAAAACUGGUUAUAACGGCUACUUAAUAUCUGCUUGUAUCCUGCUCCUAUAUUAUUCUAUCCAAUUGUUACCGGUAACGAACGUGUAGGAAAUUAGAGGUGAUCAUGUCAGAUGUUAAACUUAUAUCAAAAAGACAUCUACGUAGGAGAGUAGCGAAUAAUGUUAAAUUAACUUUAAUGAAUAGUGUUUAUAUAGAGAGUUGUGCGGAAAGAACUCAAGAAGUUAAGUUUAGGGACAGUUCACACUUAGGUGAAAUUUACACAGUUCAGUUGGGUAAUACAGAAAAUACUGCUGCCUAUGAUGCCUCUGCUUCCAAUAAUACUAAUAUUAACAGCAAUGGUGGUAGCUGUAACAAUAAUGAUUCGUUUUCAAGAACAGAUCUUCCCAUGUUGCGUGAUUUAAUUACUACGGAAGAUUUUGUAUCCAAUGAAACCAUAACCUCAAUCGAGUCUUUGUCAGAAAUGGUCGAAAGUAGUAGCAAUAAUAACAGUGAGGAUUUUGUGAAUAAAAUAAAAAAAUGGGCUUUAGAUAAUAAUAUUACGCACAAGGCAUUCAACGGUUUAAUACAAAUAAUUCAACCGGCUUUUCCAUUUUUGAGAAAAGAUGCUCGAACUAUUUUAAAAACCCCUAGGAAAGUCGAAAAAUUUCCGUUGAAUAAUGGUGAAAUGAUAUAUUUAGGAGUCGAAAGGGGUUUAAGAAAAAAGAUUGACGGUGGUCUCAACUAUGAAAACGAAAUAAUUUUUUUAAAAGUCAAUGUAGAUGGCAUACCACUAUUUAAAAGUAGUUCUAUCGAAUUUUGGCCCAUUUUAGUUCAAAGUGACUGUUUUAAAAAUACUUCUCCAUUUGCAGCCGCAAUAUUUUGUGGUAGAGGAAAACCUUCUCCAAUAGAAACUUUUCUAAGUUCUUUUGUUGAAGAGUGUUUGACUCUUCUUUCAGAGGGUUUAACGUAUUUAGAUAAAAAAUUUAAAAUUGAAUUCAAAUUUUUUUCAUGCGAUGCACCUGCACGGUCAUAUUUAAAAUGCGUUGUUGGUCAUACAAGCAGAAAUGGAUGUGAGAGAUGUUUAAUAAAAGCUGAUCGUGAAAAUUUCAGAAACUUUUAUCCUGUUAAUUAUACAUAUGAAGCUAGGACUGAUAAUGAUUUUCUGAAUGUGAAUCUUGAAACAUCAGAUACGGAGUCAUAUUUUAAAGGAAAAUCACCUCUUUUAACACUUAGAAUUGGUUUGGUGUCACAAUUCGUGCUAGAUCCAAUGCAUCUUAUUUAUCAAGGAGUGAUCAAAAGGUUAUUACUUAUAUAUUUGCUUGAAGGAAAGCGUCCUUAUAAACUUAGUAAAUUAGCAGUCUCUAAAAUUAAUAAUCAAUUAUUACUUGUUAAAAAACACACUCCUAUUGAUUUUCAUAGAAAGAUCCGCACAUUAAGUGACAUAAAGAGAUGGAAAGCUGUAGAGUAUCGAUUUUUUCUUCUUUACUGCGGACCUCUCGUUUUAAAAAAUAUCUUAGAAAAAGAGUAUUAUCAACAUUUCCUUCUUUUACAUUGUUCUGUAUUUAUACUAAGUAAUGAGGAAUUAUUGCGAAAAUAUUUUUUAGUUGCAAAAGAGGCGAUUGAUAAAUUUAUUAAGUUGUGUCCUCAACUGUAUGACAAGUUUUUUGUAACAUACAAUGUCCAUUCCUUAAGUCAUCUUCACGAGGAUGUUGCCAAUUAUGGGCCUUUGGAAAACUUUUCCUGUUUUACUUUUGAAAAUUAUUUAGGUAAACUUAAGAGCAAAAUUAGGGGGAAAACGCUGCCCUUGGGGCAAAUAUAUAAUCGUCUGUCAGAACUAGAAACCAUCACGACUAAUGCCGAAUCAGAAAAUAAUAACUGUUGUCCUAUGUUUGUUAGAAACAUUAAUACCUCAUAUUUUACAUGCAAUAAACUAAAAUUUAAUAAUAUACUUAUUUCAACUUCUCCACCAGACAAUGUUGUUGCCAUAAAUAAAAAAAUUUACAUUAUCGAAUACAUUGUUCAUAUAAAUGGAAUCUACAAAAUAAUUUGUACUGGUUUUAGAUAUUUGGAAGAUUUUUAUAAUAGACCUAUUAAGUCGUCUAAAUUAGGAAUAUAUUUUGCGAGAGGAAGAAAUUUAAGCCAAGAUUUUUUCAAACUAGAAGAGAUAUCAUGUAAAUAUAUUUCAAUUCCUUUCAAAAAUGGAUUUUAUGUUAGUCCAAUUAAUCAUCAAAAAAAACUAUAAUUUUUUUUUGUAGUUAUUACAGAUAGAUAUUGUUACCUAAACGAGAUGCAAUAAUUUUCACCUAAGUGUACAUUUUAAAUUUCGAUAAAAUCGUUAAAACUUUGAUACAGUUGCCUCUUCUUUCCUAUAUUUUUCAUUUACAUAGGUAUAGUCCCUUUAAUCAUUCCUUCUUAUUAGAAAAAGGUACGUGUUCA